UAUAGUAUUCAAGAGAAAAAAACAUUUUUUCCUAUUAGAGAGCGUUAAGUCGCUUUGCUUGUGUAGGGACGAGUGGAGACUUCACUUUCCUUUCUGUUAUCACGAAGUGUCCAAAAGUUGUCCUGGGGUUCAGGGACACAAUAUGGAGAAUACAGGCCAUGCUGAGGGAGCGUUGUCCACUUUGCCAUGGGUGCAUGUGAAUGUCGGGGGUUCCAAGUUGUUGGCCAAAGCCUGGUUUGGUGACACAGAAUAUCGAUUGCUGCUGAGUGACCUGAGCAGCGUUUGGGAGGAAGAGAUGAGCAGAAACGACAUCAAAAGCCGUGCUCAGGUUCUAAAUAAACGUCUAAGGGCUCCAGUACAUGCAUUUUUUGCUCACCUGCGCUCAGUGGCUUGGCCUUGUUUCUCCAGACAAUCUUCUGAACAGAACACAUCUAUACAGUUCCGUCUCGUGCAUCAUGAGGGCCAUCUAACAGUGAAACUCAAGAGUGAGAUGGGAGAUGUACCAUUCUACUGGGAAUUCCACUGCAGCCCUGCCUCAGUAGCAUUGGUUUCCAGAGAGCUAGUGAGUCCCUUGUUGUCUAUGACUCAAGUGCUGCAUAGGCAUGUUGGAGAACUAACUUCUUUGUUGCUCAAGAAAGACGCUGAGAUACAAGACUACAAAGAGAAUGGAGCAGUGCUUAGUAGAGGUAGGCUUCAGACUGAGCCAUUUGAUGAAGAGAUAUACAGAAAGAACUUCAUCCAGAGACUUCCACAGAUGUUGCAGGACAGUCUGGAAUUUGAUUCUGAGCUGCAAGAGCUGUAUGUGUCUAUACGUGAUGCGAGAAAUACCCAGAAACGCAAGCGAUCUCCCGAAUACAGCUCUGCUUCAGUAGACAGCUUUAUCCCUGACCAGGACCAGACCAGCUGUGUGCCAACAGGUAUGAGGCCUGCCUCUUUUCGGUCUGAUGCUAAUCGUAUAAUGCAGCAAGCAGAAGACACACAGUCUGCUAACACCAAAGAGACUGUCAGACUCCCGUUACCCGUUUCUGCUGCUUCUGCUGUUCCUCCUGUAGUCACACCUGCAGGCAGAUCAGAUAUGCCAAAGAAGACAAAAGCAACAGGGCUCUUCCAGUGACAUUAUGGUCCAAUAGUUGAGAGGAGAAAAUGUUAAUAAACAUUAGAGUUCUAGAAACGAUUAAAUUUUAAAAUUUUCUGAAAUACUUUUAAAUUUUUUUAUUUAUUUGAAUAAAUUGUUGUGCAUCGUC